AUGAUUAAUUCUUGCAGUAAUUUAAAUCCUGUGACAGAUGCUACUGAGAAGAUGAAUCUGCUAAGUAGAAAUAUUUCAACAAGUCAUAAAUCAUUUAGUCGUCAACUGAAAUCAUUAAAGAAUGUAGACAAUCCAAAUUUAUCAUCUCGUUGUUCAGAGGAUGGAUCUAAUGUCAAAGAAGAGAAUGAAGAGGGGGAAGAAGAAGACAUAGAAUAUCAGGAAGACAGUGCUAAUCGUAGUCAUGAUGACAGUAUUGAAGAUGACAGUGAGGAUAAUAAUAAUAAUAACAACAACAACGGUGAAACAGUUGGAGAUAACUCCUUUUUUCUCAUGGAACAAGACAGCCUUUCACAGCACUACUCAACAUCCGCCUUAUCUAGCUUAGCUUCUUCAGAUACUUUUGGCAGUUGUAUAUCUCCAACAAUGCUAGCAGCUGCUGCUAUGGCAGCACUAACCAGUGGAUGUUUUCCAGGGCCUUGUAAUAUGUCGAAUCAGUUCAAUCCCCUGUUAGCCGCCACUAAGCCUUACGGAUUUCCAUCAUAUCCUUCAAAUUUAAAUUUACCCGCUAAUUCACAACGCACACAAUUAACAAAACAACAACAAACUACACCAUUUACACAUUCAUCAUUGAAUAGAAAUUCAAAAAUGAGCCAUAAUAUUAAUAAUUCAGUGUCACAACAAUCGAAUCUAUCUACUACUAAUACUAUGAAUUUGAGUAGUUUAUCAUCGCAUUCUCCAAUACAUUCAGUACACAACAAUAAUAAAUCUUUGCAGGAUGAUGUAAUAGGUCGAGAUUACAGUACCAAUUUCUCCCAUAAUGAUACUACUACUAAUAAUAGUAGCAGUAUGAAUUCAAAUCCGACACCACCACCUCCCUUGUCUCGAUCUAACAGUCCAACUCAUCAAUCCAAUCGAUUGAUGACAACAUCAAAUGAUCUAGCGUAUAUGUCAAUGGAUGAUGGUGAUGAGGAGAAUGAUGAUGAUAUGGGAAGUGAAGAAAUCGAGGAGGAUAUGGAGGCGGAAAAUCCUAACCCCCAAAGUGGGAAUCAUCAAUGGACAUUUGAAGAGCAAUUUAAACAAUUAUACGUCAUAUCAGAUGAUCCAAAGAGGAAAGAAUUUCUCGAUGAACUUUUUGUUUACAUGCAAAAAAGAGGUACACCAGUUAAUCGUAUCCCAAUAAUGGCUAAACAAGUGUUAGAUUUGUAUGAACUAUUUCAAUUGGUUGUUGCACGUGGAUUGAAUUUACCCUCAUCGAUUACAAGUGCUGCAUUCACUCUGAGAACACAAUAUAUGAAAUACCUGUAUCCUUAUGAGUGUGAAACCCUCGGAUUAAGUUCUCCUAGUGAACUUCAAGCAGCGAUUGAUGGAAAUCGACGGGAAGCUAGACGUAGUUCCUACAGUUUUGACUAUCCAACAGUGACGGUGCCCAAUGUUGGAUCCCGUUCAGUAUCUCCAUCAAGUACAACCAAUCCUCAGACUACAACAUCAAAUACAACAACAAAUGCAGAAUCUGCAUUAAACGUUGCCGCUGCUUCAUUGUCAUCGACUUCAGUGUAUUUGAAUUCUUUAGCAGGUUCAAAUGUAACAACUUCUGGGGUGAACCAAAUUUUGCCAAGCAUCUCUGGGAGUUCUACACCAUUUUGUGCAAACAGCCUAGGGUUUAAUUCACCGUUUGGACAGUUUAAUCCCUUUCUUCCUAUACCCCCAGGUACUUUACCUGCCGCUGGUAGUGGUGCAGUUGGUGGUGGUAGUGGUCUGUCUAUUCCAUCACCUUCCACAUUACCGUCUUCAUCUUCAUCCUCAUCUCAGAUAGGAAAUACUCCUGUGAAUUUAUUUCCCCCUGGAUUUCUACCACCGAUUGCAUCUGGUGCUGGUUUUCCUAUGAUUGCAUCUAGUUUUCAAGGUUUCAAUCCGGCUACAGCAAAUAAUUCAGAUGAUUCACUGAUUACAUCAUCUCAUCAAACUUUGGGCAAUCCAUCAGGUGGUAUUCUACCAGGUGGAGCAAAUAGUUUCACAGAUCCGAGUGCUAUGGCAGCAGCCGCUGCCGCUGCAGCGACUUUAUUCGGUGCAGGAUUCCCUACAAUUCCCCCAGCCUUCCCAAUGACAUCGCAACAACAACAACAUCAGUCAACAACAGCAUUUCCUGUACAGAAUUCAUUCAUGAAUACAGAUGGGGGGAUGAAAUUCCCGAAUAUGAGUAUGCGGACUCAAAGUAAUAAUUCUUGUGAUAUACAUGAGAAUAAUCCUUCUAGAGGAGUUAAUUUAAAGAAUAAACUGUCUUUACAAGAUCCAGAUGACUGUCAAUUCUCUUCAAGUCUCCCGUUAAAUCUGACAGCCAAUGAUAACAGCAUUAACAGUAAUAUCAUGAAAUUAGAUGAGAAAGGUGCAGCAUAUUCAAAUAAUGACCGCAGAACACCAUUAAUUGAAAUGGAUCAUGAUAAUUUAACCAAAAUCCAGUGUGAUCCAGAAAAUGCGUCACUAAAACUUCACUCCACUGAUGGGUAUAAUGAGAAAGAUGAUGAAAAUGAACUGAGUGAUUCGAUGGGUACACUGAAGAAUUUCAGCUACCAUCAUCAUCAUCAUCAUCAUCAAAAUGAAGAUGGCGAGAAUUAUGAUGAUAAUUCAAUGAAUACUGACCGGCUAUUUGACGGUGAAACAGAACACUCAGAGUUGAGGUGUAAACCCGAUUUAUUAUUAGGCGGUGUUAACAAGCAUGAAGUUAUCGGCAAUAAUAACAAUAAUGUUAGAUUAUCACAAAGUGGUCUGUCCUUUGAAAACGAGGAGUCAAAUAUGAAAACAGCUGCACAGAUGGCGUGUCAACAACUUUGGGUUGCAGCAGCCGCCGCGGCAGCCGGCUUACACUGUGGUGGUGGUGGUGGUAGUAGUAGUAGCAUGAAAACACCAGAAACAACCAACUUCACAUCACUGUCAAGCAGUAUAAACGGUCCAAUGACGAAAAGCAAUUUCCAUGCUCCAAAUUCUCAUCAUCAGUCGUCUACAGAAUCUUCCACUAAUAACAGCAGUACUCAUACUCAUAAUCACAAUAGUAACAGCAGUAAUAAAUCUCUCCAACAUCACUCAUCGCCUUAUUCAAGGUCUACCGGUAAAAAAUCUCAUUCCCGUACCCCAAACAGUUUAGAUCUACCGAGCAGCAAAAUAUCCAAACCUUCUUUUGCUAACAAUAACACGAAUAACAACAGUAAUGAAACUGGCGGCAAAUCUUAUUCAUCAACAUCAUCGACAAAUGUUUCGUCAAAAAAAUCACAGAAUUCCAUAUCUGAUCUACGUAGGUCAACUGAUGCAAUCACAUUGUCAACCAGUUUCAGUAACACACUGGGUUUAAAUAACAAUAAUGGUAAUAAUAAUAAUAACAGCAAUAGUAAUAGCAGUUUUGCGGCAGCGCAGGCAGCCAUAGCAACGGCACAAAAUCUAAGAAUUCAAACACAACCUGGCGCUCCAAUGGGAUUACCUCAAAAUGCCAUGGUGGUUACAAUGGAAAUGGGAAAUAUUUUAUAUCAAGGUGUCUUAUUUGGACAGAUAAAAAGAUAA